AUGCUCGUACGUCACUUCUUUUUCCGGUUCCUUCCGACGGUGUCAGCUGGCAAGCCCCUUUUGGCCAAAAUGGGCUUAAUCACUGGAGUAUGUGCUUUCCUAUACCACCUUCCCCAAAUUUACAAAUGGCUGCUGAAACCGUAUUACAUUACCUCCUUCUUUAUGACCAUCGCCUUCUUAGUGGUCCGAAAGACCCCCGGUUUGUGCGAGCACCUGGCGACCCAGCGUGAGGAUGGCAACUCUUGCGACUUUGACUGGAGAGAAGUGGAGAUUCUCAUGUUCCUCAGUGCCAUCGUGAUGAUGAAAAACAGAAGAGCGAUCACCUUGGAGCAGCACAUCGGCAACUUGUUCCUGUUCAGCAAAGUGGCCAAUGUCAUCCUCUUUUUUAGGCUGGACAUUCGCCUCGGCAUCCUCUACCUCGCGCUCUGUGUUGCAUUUGUCAUGACAUGCAAGCCUCCGCUAUACAUGGGCCCUGAAUACAUCAAGUAUUUCAGUGACAAGACCAUUGAUGAGGAGCUGCAGAAAGACAGUCGCGUCACCUGGAUUGUUGAAUUUUAUGCUAACUGGUCGUCUGACUGCCAGUCUUUUGCACCUGUCUAUGCUGACCUUUCGCUCAAGUACAACUGUGCUGGGCUGCGGUUUGGGAAGGUGGAUAUUGGACGUUAUGGAGAAGUUUCACAGAGGUACAAUGUGAGCAUGUCACCCCUGUCCAAGCAGCUUCCCUCACUGGUGUUAUUCCAAGGUGGGAAAGAAAUUAUGAGGCGUCCAGCAGUGGACAGUAAAGGCAGAGCUGUUUCAUGGACUUUCAAUGAGGAGAACAUCAUCAGAGAGUUUGAUCUCAAUGAACGCUUCCACAAGUCCAAGAAGCUGAACAAGAGUUACGGUUUGAAGGAAGAGCAGCAGCACAACUGCCGGCAAGAGGAGACAGAGCCUCAUGUGGAUGCUCGGGAGCAAAACUCAGAGAGCAAGAAAGACAAGUAAAGAUGGGGAAGCGUGGUUCACAGAUUUUUUUUUUUUAAUGCUGACCUGCCUUGCAGUAUUUUUAAUUUAAAUCCCUAAUAAUGUAGAAUGUAACAUUUAGAAUUGUGUAGGAAAAAGUGGGUGAGUGCAUUGUGACUGUGCAAAAAUAUUUAGCAAGGAUCAAAGGAGGGAGGUUUUAUCAACUUAUUUAAAUGUUUUGUAUGUUUCCUGUGUAACAUCUGACUACUGUGUAAAUCAUGCAACGUUACAAAUGUCCCAUCAUUCAAAAGCAAAUUAAAAAUGCAUAAAUAAUUCAGCACAUGUUGCAGUCA